AUGACAGCAACAAGAGGAAUAGGGUGCGACACGGUCUUCAACAUCCAGGAACUGCUGGACAUGAUACGCAACCGACUCGCCCUCGAGGACCUCAAAGCCUGCACCCUUGUCUCUCGUCAAUGGAAAAGUUACUUUGACCCCUGUCUAUGGGAAAAGUGCACGACCUGGAUGCGCCAUCAAAAACGCCACGUCCUCAAACGCCACGGCAUCCACAUCCGUCGUCUCACCUGUAUCUACUUUGACAAACACACCCUCACCACCAUCCUAAAAUACUGCCCCAAUAUCGAAACACUCUACCUCCGUCUUGACGAGCACUCCAUGUGGAUCCAAUACCACACUCUUGAAUCCCUCUUCCUCCACCUCCAAUAUUCCCUCACCAAUCUCCACAUCGCCUUUGAUGCUACUUAUUUUGAACCGGCGUUCCUGUGGAGUGUUUGUCGUUUGACAAGGUUGACGCAUUUGAGGAUUGAUCCGUAUUCGUUGGAGGAACAAUACACCGGGUUCAGUCCGCCAGAGUUCUUUUUGGGGUUCUUGGAGUGUUGUCCGAUGUUGAGGGGGUUGACGCUUGUGAAUGGGCCUUAUUUUGGGGGAGAUUUUGAGGAGGAACAGCAUCAGUGGGCGAGGAGUGCGUUCAAGAAGUGGAUCCGAGGACUUUUUGAUUCGAGACGACAGGAACAAUUGCCGGUUAGUCCGCAGGAUGCUAUCGCGAAGGUUACCAUGCGCACAAGGAGUGGGAUCAAGCAAGGAGGAGCUGUUAUCGCCACCAAUACACAUCGAGUGAACCCAGAAUCGCCAAAACCAACAUCGACCCUACAACAAUAUAACCUUCGCUCGUUACAACUCCAACCACCAGCGAUGGAUCUCCCAACUUUGUUGCGUAUCGUCCGUCGGAGCCCCUCGAUGGAGAUCUUGACACUGGGCGGCCAAUGGGGCAAUUUCCACCCAGACACGACAUGGACUGAACUAUCGACAUGCUGCCCACAAAUUCGAGAACUCAACAUCCAGUUCAACGGCACCAUCAAUGAAUUUCCGACCAUUGCAACUCUUGUGACUCUAUUCCCUCGACUCGAAUCGCUCUCGCUUUUGCGACAGAUGUUUAGCAAAGACCCGGAUUUGUCAACCCUUGGGGCGUCGUUGAGGGAACAUCGACAGCAGUAUGGAGCCCCGCACCCAUUCAAGGCGCUGGAGAUUACUGGACUUGUCCGACAGCAGUUCUCGAUCGUCAUGGAUGCGCUAACCCUCCCUGUGGUGAUGGAGUCUAUCAAGGUUGGGAACAUUAUUCGGUACAGUCGGUUCAUGCAGGAGGAGACUCUCGCAGCUUUUCCAGCACAGACUACAGCACAGACACAAACACCUCCUACAUCAGGGACAUCGACAUCGACUCUCACUACAACUACUCCUAUACCUUGGACGUGUUUGGACUCCUUGACGACGUUGGAUAUCUCCUCGGUUGUCUUUCCGGAUCACGCGACGACAUUUCAUUUCUAUAGUCGGCUCCAGGAGUGCAAUCGGUUACGAACCCUACAUUUGUGGUUGCUUCAUUUGAGGGACAUGAUCUCCCAUAUUGCAUUAUCCAAAUUUGACGAGUCUGGAGAAACUCCCCCUCCCCCUUCAGCACUCCCCUCUACUAUCGACGACGAGGAAGACGACGAAAUCGUGGUCAUCAAUAGCAGCGGCAGCAGCACCCACAGCUCCUCCCACAGCUCCCACAGUUCUUCCACCACCAGCAGCACCAGCAGUUUCAGCGUUCACCCAGCCAACACCAUCUCCUCUCUCACCCUCUCCUUCCCUACCCUCCUAAUCAUCAACGUCGCCCCGGUGUUUGAAAUGAUCAGGAGUGGCCUAGGACCUGGGAUUACGGUCCCUGAGGCCAAGUUGUUGAUUGCUGCGACACCUUCGCUGGAGGAUUUGGGGUUGGUUAGCUCUAUGUGCGGGUCGGAAGGGUAUCGAUUGCAGAUGGAGUUUCCUGCGCUCAAGAUUCGUAUGUAG